UUAAGUGAAGUGAACUCCAAGCCUAAAACCAUUUUAAUUACUUCCACAUGCUGCAAACUCAAUUUUCCACCUCCCAAUAUUCAUAUAUAUAAACCACAUUUCCAAAAAUAAACACACACACACACACAAAAAGCGAUGAAACACCACAAACUACUGCACCUCCUCCUGGCCUCCCUCUUGGCCUCCAUCCGCCCCUGCAUCGGCGGCGACGGCGACAACCUCUACGACGUCUGCCCGGGCGACCCCGCGAACCAGAAAAUCUUCUUCAACGGCUACCCGUGCAAGGCGCCGUCGGAGGUGACGGCGUCGGACUUCAAGUCGUCGGUGCUGGGCUCGCCCGGGGACACCGACAACUUCUACCGGUCGUCCACGACCCUGGCCACGGCCGCGGAGUUCCCCGGGCUGAACACCCUGGGGCUCUCCGCGGCCCGGACGGACAUGGACGUGGACGGCAUGGUGAUGCCGCACGCCCACCCCCGCGCCUCCGAGGUGAUGUUCGUGAGGGCCGGGGUGGUGGCGGCCGGGUUCGUGGACUCCGCGAACCGGGUGUUUCAGAAACGGCUGGGGCAGGGGGAGGUGUUCGUGUUUCCUAAAGGGCUGCUGCAUUUCUGCUUCAACGCCGGCUUCGAGCAGGCCACGGUUUUCUCGGUGCUCAACAGCCAGAAUCCGGGGCUCGCAAGCGUCUCCGGCGCCAUGUUUGCGGAGAAAGCCAUGGAGAAGCUCAGGUCUGUGUCUAUGGAGGAUUUGAAUGGGGUUAGUAGCAUGGAGUUGUUUGGGGAGUAGGCUUUCUUUUUUUUUCUUUUUUUUUUGAAGCAAGAGUGUUUUGGGUUUGAGUAGAGCCUAAUUUGUGAUUUUGUUGAUUUGUUUUUCUGCUAAUCUUGUAAUGUAAAGACGUGUAUAUAUUUCAAUCUUUCAUUUUUUU